AUGGAUGAGUUUGGUCCCGCCGGGGAACAGGCGCAACUCCGCACCGUGCAGCAGCUCCUCCACGCCUUUUCGGAGACGCCCUCCUGCGUGGUGCUCCUCAGCACCGCGCUUGGCGAGAUGUUGGGCGUCCUCGCUCGCCAGCAGGAGUGCAUCAGUGAAAUAGUCGCCUCGCUGCAGGCAGCAAGGGAGGAGCGCAGACAAGAACUUUCUGCAGUGUCGCAGAGCCUUGCGGAUGUUCUGCGUGACACCAUUAACCGCACAGCGGCUGCCGUUAGUGAGAUACGGGGGCAGGUAUCUUGGCAACAACGCAAGUGCGGCGCUGUUUCAUUUUCUGAAGAAAAUUGUAUCGAAUUAAAACAUGAGAUUGCGGAUCUUCGCCGAUUAGUGCUGGAUCGCCUGCCCCGUCAAAAUUUUUCCGGGGCAGAGAGGCAUGAAGGGGACAGUGCGGUCUACCCUGCACUUGCGGCUACGAGGGCAGAGCUGCGGGACCUCAGUGCACAACAGCAAGCUUUACUGGAGCUGCUUGACCUGCGCAAGACGUUGCUUCGCCAGGGGUACACUGGGGAUUCGGCGGUGGACGUGCGUCAAAUCCGCCUCCUUGACACUGUCGCAAAGGUGAAACUGGUGCACCAACUACCGUGUUUUCACGUCCUGGCGACGGCGCUCGCGUCCCCUGAGCGUCGCUUGCGUGCGGACGCGGCCGCCGCCAACCCCCCGGUGGCGUGA